AUGGCUUCCAAAAAAGCAAAGAAGACCGCCACCACCGCUAGUAGUAGCAAUGACCCACCAAAAGAAAUUCCAACAAAAAAAAAAGAAAAAUCUAAAGCCUCAGCUGCAAAAAAAGCCGCACUAAAAGGUACAGACGGCAAGGUAAAAAAGAAGGUCCGAACCUCCACCACGUUCCGACGUCCAAAAACACGCCGACUCGCUCGUGAACCAAGAUACCCACGAAAGUCAGUUCCACAUGCCCCACGACUUGAUCAAUAUAAAAUCAUUAGACAGCCACUAAACACCGAAUCUGCAAUGAAAAAAAUCGAAGAGAAUAAUACCCUGGUGUUUAUUGUGGACGUUAAGUCUAAUAAACGUCAGAUUAAAGACGCGGCCUAUGUUCGACUCACCACUGAUGUAGAUGCCUUGGAUAUCGCUAACAAGAUUGGAUUCAUUUAA